GCGUAUCCCCGUUAGGCGUCAAUUUCUGAUCCAAGAAGCAUGGCGGGCCUAGAGCUUUUAUCUGACCAAGGGUUUCGCAUCGACGGACGUCGACCACACGAAUUACGAAAAAUUGAAUGUCGUUUAGGGGUCUUCAGACAAGCAGAUGGUUCAGCCUACAUCGAACAAGGCAAUACCAAAGUUCUGGCGGCCGUGUAUGGACCGCACGAGGUAAGAGGUCGGCGAGGAAAGGCACUUCAUGACAAGGUAGUAAUCAACUGCCAGUACAGCAUGGCCACGUUCAGCACAGGAGAACGCAAGCGUCGCCCUCGAGGGGAUCGAAAGUCACAGGAGAUGACCAUGCACCUGCAGCAGACGUUUAAUGCUGCCAUACUCACCACCCUGUAUCCCCGCUCACAGAUCGACAUCUUUGUGGAGGUGUUGCAAGCUGAUGGAGGGAACUAUUCAGCCUGUGUUAAUGCAGCCACUCUUGCCCUCGUAGAUGCUGGCAUUCCACUAAAAGACUAUGUGUGCGCUUGCACUGCAGGAUUUGUUCGAGACAACGUCAUCGUUGACUUCAAUCACUUUGAAGAAUCCUUUGGUGGUGCUGAAGUGAUAGUGGCUACUCUGCCAAGGUCAGACCAGAUUAUCUUCCUUGAAAUGAAUGGGCGUCUCCAUGAGGAUCAUCUGACUGCUGUAAUGGACAGAGCAAUUGCCGGCUGCAAAGAUGUUUACCACAUUGUGGACAGAGUUGUAAGGGAACAUGUGAGCGAAAGAUCUGCUGCUAUUGGAAGUGAGAUAAAUAAUGGAUAGAUGUGUGUAUUGAACAGGUUUGCUUUGGUUGCGGCCUAAGGUUUGUCAAAAGAAGAAAAUCAGUGCUGGUUGAGUUUUCAAGAAAAGGAUUUGAUAUUUAUAAAUCAUAAAGUAGUCACAAUUUAAGAAUUUUAAGAUUUGUUCUCCUAUCAGAAGACAGUUGAUUUAUUGGUGGUGCUCAGAACUCUGAUCAUCCCAUUUUUCAAGAUGAUACCUUUCUGUUUGUUUCCACCCCUCACUUAGGUGUCAGUAGGGGAGUCGUGUGUAGACUUUGUGGAAUAAAUAUUUUGUAAGCAUAAAAUAAAAACAUUAAAAUACC